AUGGCUUCCGUGCGCUUCCCUGGGGACAAUGGAGAGGACAACAACGAGCAAGGUGGUGAUGUCGGGGAGGUCAACAGCAACGUCUCCAAGCCCACGAAACGACAGAGAUGGGCUACCACACGAGCUCCCGGAGCCGGUGGCAUCAAGAAACGGGUUUCUAUUAUUGAUCGCUUCCAUAAACGGUCAGAUGUGAGAGACGAAAAGCGAAAAUCGAACAAUACAAGCAUCUCAGCCAAUAGCGGACCCGAGACCCCGCAAGAAGGACCAAAUCGGAGAAUCUACUUCAGCAUUCCCAUCCCGGAAUCUGAACGAGACGAGGACGGUCAUUUGCGCAUCACAUAUCCCAGAAACAAAAUUCGCACUGCCAAGUAUACAGCGCUCACCUUUGUUCCCUACAACAUCUGGCUACAGUUUCACAACAUUGCGAACAUCUAUUUCUUGUUCGUCAUCAUUCUUAACUUCUUUCCAAUUUUCGGUGCCAACAACCCCGGUCUGAACGCCGUUCCUCUGAUCGUUAUUAUUGUUGUGACCGCUAUCAAAGACGCCAUUGAGGAUUGGGGGCGGACAGUGUCUGACAACCAAGUGAACAAUUCUCCGGUUUACAGACUGAUCGAAUGGAACAAUGUCAAUUCGACAGAAGACAACAUUGAUUUAUGGCGUCGUGUCAAGAAGGCUUGUACCAGGGGCUUGAUUACUGCGUAUAAGUGGACUACUUCUCAAUUCCAGAAGAAAGAGAAAGGCGGAGAUGAUGAGCAAGGGCAAAGAACCGGCUCAUUCUUGAGCACAGCAGAUCCCCGGGCCUCGAUUUAUACGCAGCGCAACUCCAUAGCCCCCGAAGACGUGGCUAUCCCCAUGACCGAUGUUCCAUCGCCUCAGCCUGAAGCUCGUGAAGAUUGGCCGAUGAUGAGCAACCCUGAAAACAAGUAUCUGUCUCCGAACAGCGCAGCUCGACAGAGCGUCGUCGAGCCUACGCCGGACAAGAAACAUGGAACCGUCCUGGACAUGUCCAAGCAGACACCCGGCAAGGCCCGAUUUAAGCGAGAGCAGUGGAAAAGUCUGCAAGUUGGUGACUUUGUCCGGUUGUACAACGAAGAUCCCAUUCCAGCCGAUGUCGUGAUUCUGUCCACUUCUGACCCGGAUGGCGCCUGUUAUGUCGAAACAAAAGGCCUGGAUGGAGAGACCAACUUGAAGGUUCGCCAAGCUCUCCACUGUGGCCGUCAAGUUCGACAUGCCAGAGACUGCGAAAAGGCUGAAUUUGUGAUCGAAAGUGAGGCCCCGCAUGCCAAUCUGUACUCUUACAAUGGUGCCGUGCGUUGGGACCAGCGCGAUCCACGUUUCCCUGAAGGUCCCCGGAAGGAGAUGGUUGAGCCCAUCUCUAUCAACAACAUCUUGCUCCGUGGUUGCAAUUUGAAGAGUACCGAAUGGGUCCUGGGUGUUGUCCUCUUCACCGGCGGAGAAAGCAAGAUCAUGCUCAAUUCCGGUGCGACUCCGGCCAAACGACCCCGUAUGGCAAAAGAUCUCAACUGGAACGUCAUUUACAACUUUUUCAUCCUAUUCCUCAUGUGUCUUGUCGCAGGUAUUGUGAAUGGAAUCGCAUGGGGCGCGCCAAACAAAUCUCUCGACUACUUCGAUCUUCAGUCCUAUGGAGGCACACCCCCUGUCACUGGUAUCGUCACUUUCUGGACCGCUGUCAUCCUGUUCCAGAACUUGGUUCCCAUUUCACUUUACAUCUCUCUUGAAAUUGUUCGGACCAUCCAAGCGGUUUUCAUUCACAGCGAUCUGUUCAUGUACUACGAAAAACUGGGGAUCUAUUGUGUACCCAAGUCUUGGAACAUUUCAGACGACGUCGGUCAAGUCGAGUACAUUUUUUCUGACAAAACUGGUACCUUGACUCAGAACGUGAUGGAGUUCAAGAAAUGUACGGUCAACGGCCUGGCAUACGGAGAAGCUUACACGGAAGCUCAGAUUGGCAUGCGGCGCCGCGAGGGAGCUGAUGCUGACGCAGAGGCCGCAGUGGCUCGGCAACAAAUUGCUGCUGAUGCUCAGCAAAUGCUGGGUCUGUUGCGUGGCAUCCAUGAUAACCCCUACUUGCACGACGACCAGCUGACGUUCAUUGCCCCGAAAUUUGUCGCCGACUUGGCAGGACAAUCCGGAGACCGGCAGAAGCACUGUACAGAGGACUUUAUGCUGGCUCUUGCCUUGUGUCAUACCGUUAUUACCGAGCAUACUCCCGGCGAUCCCCCUCAAAUUGAGUUCAGGGCCCAGUCUCCCGACGAAGCAGCGUUGGUCAGCACUGCUCGAGAUUGUGGAUUCACUGUUCUGGGCCGAGCCGGUGACGAUCUUCUCCUGAAUAUCAUGGGCGAGGAACGCACAUAUACAGUUUUGAACACCCUCGAAUUCAACUCAUCCAGAAAACGAAUGAGUGCAAUCAUCCGAAUGCCCGAUGGGACUAUUCGCCUGUUCUGCAAGGGUGCGGACAGUAUAAUUUACUCCCGUCUAGCCCGUGGCAAACAACAGGAGCUUCGUCGGCAAACCGCAGAGCACCUGGAGGAGUUCGCCAGGGAAGGACUUCGGACUUUGUGUGUUGCCGACCGACUGCUUAGUGAGGAUGAAUACUACACAUGGGUUAAGGAACAUGAUAUCGCUGCCGCUGCGAUCACAGACCGUGAGGAGAAACUAGAAAAAGUUUCUAGUCAAAUUGAACAGGAGCUCAUGCUUAUUGGCGGAACUGCCAUUGAGGACAGACUUCAGGAUGGCGUCCCCGAUACAAUCCAGCUUCUUGCGGACGCUGGUAUCAAACUCUGGGUUCUUACCGGUGACAAGGUUGAGACUGCCAUCAACAUUGGGUUUUCUUGCAACCUGCUCAAUAACAACAUGGAGCUGAUUGUACUGAACAUUCCCGAGACUGAAUACCAGCAGGCCUCUGACGAACUCGACAAGCAUUUGAAAACUUUCGGGUUAACCGGUUCUGACGAGGAACUUCUUGCUGCCCGUGCUGAUCACACGCCGCCUGAGGCUACGCAUGCCGUGGUCGUCGAUGGUGAAACCCUCAAACUGAUGCUGUCCGAUGAGUUGAAGCAAAAAUUCCUUCUACUGUGCAAGCAGUGCAAGGCUGUUCUUUGCUGCCGUGUCAGUCCCGCACAGAAAGCCGCUGUCGUGAACAUGGUCAAGAACGGACUGAACAUCAUGGCUCUUUCCGUUGGUGAUGGUGCCAACGAUGUGGCUAUGAUUCAAGAGGCCGACGUCGGUGUCGGUAUUGCUGGCGAAGAAGGUAGACAAGCCGUCAUGUCUUCUGAUUAUGCCAUUGGCCAGUUCCGGUACCUCCAACGCCUUCUUUUGGUGCAUGGGAGAUGGUCUUACCGUCGCCUCGGAGAAUGCACGGCCAACUUCUUUUACAAGAAUCUUGUGUGGACGUUCGCUCUGUUCUGGUACUGUAUCUACAACGACUUCGAUUGCUCCUAUCUCUUCGACUAUACCUACAUUGUGUUGGUCAACCUCGCCUUUACUUCAUUGCCCGUGAUCUUCAUGGGUAUCUUCGAUCAGGACGUGGACGAUAAGGUGUCUCUUGCUGUGCCUCAAUUGUACAUGAGAGGUAUCGAGCGUAAGGAAUGGUCGCAACUUAAGUUCUGGUUGUACAUGGCCGAUGGCAUGUACCAGUCAAUUAUCUGUUUCUUCAUGCCUUACCUCCUAUUCGCGCCAGCAAACUUCGUCAACGAAACUGGACGGAAUAUCAACGACCGAGCCCGCAUCGGAGUUCUUGUCGCGUCCUGUGCCGUGAUUGCUAGCAAUCUCUACAUUAUGAUGAAUACUUACCGGUGGGAUUGGUUCACUUCUCUGAUCAACGCCAUCAGUAGUCUUCUCAUCUUCUUGUGGACCGGCAUUUACACCUCUUUCACUUCCUCUGGUCAAUUCUUCCAUUCCGCUGCUGAAGUUUAUGGAUCAUUGAGUUACUGGGUCGUCCUCCUGAUGACUGUCGUGAUUUGCUUGCUUCCGCGUUUCACAUUCAACUCUAUUCAGAAGGUGUUUUUCCCGCUUGAUGUCGAUAUCAUCCGCGAGCAAGUGACUCUGGGCAAAUUCAAGUAUCUGGAUGCCAUAGAAGAUCCUCCGCUGCCCCCAAAAGAGGGCGGCCCGAAGGCCGUGGCUUCCAGUGAUGACUCGGCCACCUCUUCGGAAAUAGUAAAGCCAGUGCAGCCCGCCAUGAAGCAGGACACUGGCAUUCUUGAUGAGGAGCGGCCCUUCUAUGCUCCAUCCAUGGCCCCAACUGCAAAUACCCACAACCCCCGCAGUCAAAAUGGCAGCAACGGCACCAACUAUACCGCCAGUCUUGACCAUUAUCCGCGACCACAGUCCGUGGACUACGUUCGCCGAUCCCACGACCGGACACGGCAUUCGUUUGACCGGAGUCGACCGAGCUUCGAGCAGAGCAACGACUUCACCUCCGCUGCCAUGCUUUCCCGAGUGGAAUCGUCGCAAACCCCACGCCAUCAACAUGAAGACCCGUUCCGGACUCCUGACGAUCCUCCUGUACAUAAUGUGAUAUAG